CUUACUUAUAGAUUACUAUAUAAAAGUUAUUCAAUUAUAUAAAUGAUGGUUUCAAAUAUUGAAUCUUUUUAUGAAUCAACAUGUGCAGCAAUUACAACAGAUAAGCAAAUAUCAGCAUCUGCAAAAAAAGUUUUGCUUGAGCAUAUUGUUUUUAAAGAAGCAUGCAAGCCAGAUAUUACUGAUCAGCUUUCAAGUAAAUAUAAACCUGUCAAUGCAGGGUACAUGCCAAGAAAAAUAAAAAGUGAUUCCAUAGUAAACAAUGCUAUACCAAAACCAUCCGUUGUUUUAUAUCCAGAAGAGAAUGUUGAAAAUAAAUGGAAAGCUAUUCAGAAAGUUGGUCCAGGUUUAGCCAAUCUUGGCAAUACAUGUUUUCUUAAUUCAGUUUUGCAAGUUUUAACUUAUACACCACCAUUGUUUAACUAUAUAAUGAGUGAAUAUCAUAAGCAAAAAUGUGGUACAGUUGGCUUUUGCAUGCAAUGUGAAUUGACAAAUCAUUUUACAAAAGUUUUUCGAGGGAAUACAAAUGGUGCUAUUAAACCAAUGUCUAUAAUUCAAAAAUUACAGUUUAUCGGUAAAAGUUUUCGAUUUGGUCGUCAAGAGGAUGCUCAUGAGUUUUUACGCUAUGUUGUGGAAGGAAUUCAAAAAAGUGACUAUGUUGGUAAACCAAAUUUAGACAAGUUUUCAAAAGAAACAUCUGUUGCAAAUGCAAUUUUUGGUGGGUUAUACAGAAGUCAAGUUAAAUGCUUAAAGUGCAACUUUGAUUCAAAUACAUUUGAAACUAUGAUGGAUAUAAACUUGGAUGUUAAGGAUUGUUCCACUGUUAUUCAAGCAUUGCAGCGAUCUGUUUGUGCUGACCGGCUGGAAGGAGAUAAUAAAUACUACUGUGAGAGAUGCAGAAUGAAAACUGUUGCUCAAAAGCGUAACAGCAUUUAUAAAGAACCAAAUGUUCUCACGUUACAAUUAAAAAGAUUUGAUUUUACAAAUAUGUUCGGUGGGAAGAUAUCAAAGAAUGUUGUUUUUCCUGAAGAACUUGACAUAAGACCAUUUAUGUCAGUAGCUCAAAACUAUCCUUUGUUAUACAAACUAUAUGCAGUUCUAGUUCAUUCUGGAUUCUCAUGUAAUUCAGGUCACUACUACUGCUAUGUAAAAGCUUCAAAUAGUGCAUGGUAUGAAAUGAAUGAUAACCGGGUUUGUCAGGUUGGAAUUCAAACUGUCCUUAAUGCGCAAGCAUAUCUUCUCUUUUAUAUUAAAAAAGAUGGUAUAAAGCAUGGAAAUACAACCAUGAGCACUUCUAACUUAAAUUCAACCAUGAGCUGUUCUAACCUAAAUGCUGGUAAUGAUCUGUCUCAAAAGAAUGACUUAAAUGAUCUGUCUCAAAAAAACUUGAAUGGAAACAAAAAUGAAAAACAAUAUCAAAUUUCCAUUGAUAAAGAAAAAAUUUCAGCUAAUCAAAUAGAAAGGAAAUAUAAUGGUCUACAAUUUUUAAAUCAAUCUUAUUCAUAUACUAGUAGUUCUAACUCAAGUGCUUCUCCUUCUCCAGUUUAUUCAGAUCGAAAUACAGCAAAAGAAAAUUCAAUAAAAAGUGAACGACCAGUAAAAGUAAAAGAUGAAAUAAACCAUGAGCAAUUAAGAAAAAAAAAAACAUUAAAUAAUGAAAGAAUAAAUAAUGAUCUAUCAUCAAAAUAUUCAAGAAAUGAUGAAGUACACAAUUACCAAGUAGUAAAUCAGAAAAGUUUUUUACAAGAUACUAAACAGUUAAAAGAUACAAAAUCAUUUAAAGAACAAUCAGCAACAGAUGAGCUACCUGCACAGGACAGUCAAGAAAUAAAAAUAUCUUCUAAAACUUAUGAAUGUAGUUCUUCAGACUUUAACAAAAAUAUAGACACUUUUUUGACAAAAGAAAACCCUGAAAAUUCUUUUAAUAAAAAAGGUUUAUUUUUACCUUUAUCUGAUGCACAAAACCAAAAAAUGAAAUCAAAAGCAUCUCCUACAUAUCGUUUAAAACUUUUUAAUGGAAAAUAUUUCAACCGAAAAAAGUUUGCUGUUUGGUCACCUAUUACAAAAGCAACAAUCCACCAGAGAAUAAUCAUUAAUAAAUAUUCAUCUGAUGCAGAUCAUGAGCGGAAAAAAGAUCAAGGUGUGGAAUCCUUAAGGCGAAAGAAUUCUGUGGAUCUUAUCAAAAAGAAGAAAAAGAAGAAAAAACAGUAUAUGGAAGAUGAUGAUUGGAUUAAAGCUGGUAUUGGAAAAAGUUAUGAAAAAACACAGAGUGUAGAAUCAAACAAGAAAGAUUUUCAAAGUAGUCUUAUUCUGUUAAAUGCUGAUAUAAAUAGCAAAAAGAAAAAAAAGAAGCAAGAAAAGAAUGGCAGAGACAAUGUUGAACACGAUUUUCUUAAUUUGAAAAACCAAUUUCAUGAAAAAGUGCCAUGUCAUAUAUGGGAUGCAGAAAAAAAAAAUGAAAAAAUGAUGUGGAAUGGUUGUGCAGCAAAUGUUGUGAGCUAUCUUGAUGUUCAUGCUAAAGUUUCUUCAUGGAGUGGAGAAGAUAGCAGCACUAAUUUUAGAAAUAUUAAGAUAACGAAUCAUGACAGCCUUCAAGAUGAAUGGGAUGAAGAUUACGAUAAGGGUAGGGUAAAAAAGUAUAAAAGUAAAGAUGUCAAAGCCCAUUCUUGUAAAAAUGUGUUCCAAAACUUUCAGGAUAUUCAUAAUGCUUCAAAAACGUCAACUAUUAAAUAUCAACCUCAUUCAAGCAAACACAAGACGUCAACUAUUAAAUAUCAACCUUAUUCAAGUAAACACAAGAUGUCAACUAUUAAAUAUCAACCUCAUUCAAGCAAACACAAAUCUUUUAACGAUAUAGAAGAAUUAGUUAAAAAAUUUGUAUAAGUUUUUAUGAAAUCUGCAAAUCGGUUGGAUUAA